CACCGCUCACACUUUCUCGUCAUCUUUCUCUCGCGCUCUGAAUCUCUCAAACGAAUUUCACAAUGAUCCACAAACCCUAAUCCCAAACCAGCAAGAAGAUUCAGUAAUGGAAGAUGCAAACGAUUCCUUGUUCGAUUCUAUGCUUGUUGAUUCAAGUUCAAAACUCAUUCAAAAUGGCUUCGCCAGAUCUCAAAGUUCAGCAGAGGAGUGUGUAAUGUUUGUAAACGUGGGAGGGGAAGCGACUAAUGAAGGAGCUGAUGGAGUGAAGUUUCUGAGUGACACUUUUUUUGACGGUGGCGAUGUUUUCCUCACGAAUGAGGCGAUUGUGGAAGGUGGAGAUUACCCGUCGAUUUAUCAGUCAGCUCGGGUGGGAAGUUUUAGUUAUAGAAUUGAUAACCUUCCUCCUGGACAAUAUCUUGUUGACCUGCAUUUUGUUGAGAUUAUUAAUGUAAAUGGGCCGAAAGGAAUGAGGGUGUUCAAUGUUUACAUACAAGAAGAAAAGGUUCUAUCUGAAUUGGAUAUCUAUGCAGCUGUUGGAGUCAACAAGCCACUUCAGCUGAUUGAUUGUCGGGCCACUGUGAAGGAUGAUGGGGUGAUUCUCAUAAGAUUUGAGAGUUUAAAUGGAAGACCAAUUGUCAGUGGGAUCUGCAUUAGGAGAGCGUCAAAAGAGUCAGUUCCACCAGUGCCAAGCGAUUUCAUUGAAUGUAACUACUGUGCUGCGCAGAUUGAAAUUCCUUCAUCACAGAUAAAAGUUAUGCAGACAAAAUCUACAGCAAAGUAUGAAAAUAAGAUAAAGGAGCUUACUAUGCAGUGCGAGCUCAAGGCAAAAGAAUGCUAUGAGGCAUGGACGUCAUUAACUGAAAUGAGUAGGGAAGUGGAAAAAGUCCAGAUGGAGCUUGAUCAAGUGACAUUUAAGUCAUUCACUACAGAACUAACUGCCGAAAAACAAGCUGAGAACCUGAGGAGUAUUUCUAACAGAUAUGAACUUGAUAAGAAGAAAUGGGCAGAAGCAAUUAUCAGUUUACAGGAAAAAGUACAGUUGAUGAAGAGUGAGCAGUCUCGGCUUUCCUUCAAAGCACAUGAAUGUGUUGAUUCGAUCCCUGAAUUAAAUAAGAUGGUUUAUGCAGUACAGGAGUUGGUUAAGCAGUGUGAAGAUCUUAAAGUGAAGUAUUAUGAAGAGAUGACACAGAGAAAGAAGCUCUUCAAUGAAGUUCAAGAGGCUAAAGGAAACAUCAGAGUUUUUUGCCGUUGUCGACCAUUGAAUAAGGUUGAAAUGUCAUCUGGGUGUACAACAGUUGUGGAUUUUGAUGCAGCAAAAGAUGGAUGCCUUGGGAUUUUGGCAACUGGCUCCUCUAAAAAAUCAUUCAGAUUUGACAGGGUUUAUACACCAAAAGAUGAUCAAGUUGAUGUUUUUGCUGAUGCAUCAUCAAUGGUAAUCUCUGUGCUGGAUGGCUACAACGUUUGCAUCUUUGCGUAUGGACAAACAGGAACAGGAAAAACAUUUACUAUGGAAGGAACAGAGCAAAAUAGAGGUGUAAAUUACAGGACUCUUGAGCAUUUGUUUAGAGUUAGUAAGGAAAGGAGUGAAACAUUUUCAUACGACAUAUCUGUUAGUGUGCUCGAGGUUUACAAUGAACAAAUCAGAGACCUAUUGGCUACGGGACCAGCAUCAAAAAGGUUGGAGAUAAAACAAAAUUAUGAAGGACAUCAUCAUGUACCUGGUGUUGUAGAAGCCAAGGUUGACAACAUAAGUGACGUGUGGACUGUACUGCAAGCUGGAAGCAAUGCUAGAGCAAUUGGAAGUAAUAAUGUUAAUGAACAUAGUAGUCGAUCUCAUUGCAUGCUAUGUAUAAUGGUAAAGACUAAAAAUUUGAUGAAUGGUGAGUGUACCAAGAGCAAGCUUUGGCUUGUGGAUUUGUCAGGCAGUGAGAGACUUGCAAAGACGGAUGUGCAAGGAGAGCGACUUAAGGAGGCACAAAAUAUUAAUCGUUCUCUUUCUGCUCUUGGAGAUGUGAUAUCCGCUUUAGCUGCCAAAAGUAGUCACAUUCCAUAUAGGAAUUCUAAGUUGACACAUUUACUCCAAGACUCACUAGGAGGUGACUCAAAAACUUUGAUGUUUGUACAAAUAAGUCCAUCAGACCAGGAUGUCGGUGAGACUCUGAGCUCACUUAAUUUUGCAACUAGAGUGAGGGGCGUUGAGUUAGAUCCUGUUAAGAAGCAAAUUGAUACAGGCGAACUUCAAAAGACAAAAGCAAUGCUUGACAAAGCACGAAGUGAGUGCAGAAGUAAAGAAGAAUCCUUGAGGAAAUUAGAAGAAAGUUUGCAAAACAUUGAGAGCAAGGCCAAGGGAAAGGAUAAUAUCCACAAAAAUCUACAAGAAAAGAUUAAAGAACUUGAAGGCCAGAUUAAGCUCAAAACAUCCAUGCAAAACCAAUCAGAGAAACAAGUUUCUCAAUUAUGUGAAAGGUUGAAGGGAAAAGAAGAAACCUGCUGUACUCUUCAACAUAAGGUCAAAGAGCUAGAGAGAAAAAUAAAAGAACAACUGCAGACAGAGACAGCAAAUUUCCAACAGAAGGUUUGGGAUCUAGAAAAGAAGCUGAAAGAUCAGUUGCAAGGGUCUGAGUCUGAAUCUUCCUUUCUAAAAGAUAAGAUCAAGGAGCUUGAGAGAAAACUGAAAGAGCAGGAGCAGAACUCGGAAUCCUUGUUAAAACAAUAGAUGAAGGAACUAGAGGAGAAACACAAGGAGCGAGAGCAACAGUGGCAGCAAACUCAUUGUUAUGUUGAAGCAGUAAAGGAGGCGGCCACACCUGAUAUAGGUAAAAGCCGCACAAGUGAAGAAUGUCCAAAUGAUAUUGAGAGUCACAUGAAAUUUCGUCCCAAAUCCGUUCCAAAAUCGUAUGAAAUUUUUAUAACAUAUUCAAACAAGGAAUUUUCCCAUGAAUUUCGCACGAAUUUCCUUAAAAAAACAAAUCCGUCCCAAAACCGUGUGAAAUUUUGAGAUGGAUUUCGGACGGAAGGUUUUAAUUUUAUUUUUAAUUGUGAAAAUUCUAUAUCCCCUGUGUCCACAUCAAAAUUUCCCUCUGUGUGUUGCUUCCUCUCAUAACUAGAUUUACUUUUCCAUAACCCUAAAAUCAAUUUCACAAUCAAUUUCUCAAACUCUUCAAUCAAUUCCUUCCAAAAACUUGUACCAUUUCUCAAGCUCUUCAAGGUUAGCUUCUCUUCUCUUCAGAUUUGAGGUUCUCAGUUUUUUUUUUUUUUUAAUUUCUCAAGCUUUUCAAGGUAUUACCAUUCACUCUCUAUAUUAUAAUAUGUGUUCUUGUCAACAAAUCAACCAUGUACCCAUAAACUUGUGCCUGAUUCUUUGUUCAAUUUCAGGGUUUAUUUUGUUUUAUUUAUUAGGGUUUUUAGUGUGCUUAACUACCUAGACCUGGAUUCAUGUUUGAUGUUGAAAUAUAUUGUGGGUUUUGUGCGUUUUUGCUGUUCCAAUUGGGUGUAUGUUGUGGUUUGUGUUUUAUUGGCCUGUUCCAACAGGUACUCAUUAUGUGGUUUGCGUUUUUGUGGUUUGCAUUUUCGCUGUUCUUGAGUUGUUGUUUAUCAGGACUAUAUAUCUUAUUAGGAUCUUUGGCUAGAUUUACACCCUUAUGUAUUCAAAACCUGAGUACUAGAAUGCUAAUUUCUUGAAUGGUGUUGAGAUAUUUUAACAAAAUAACGUUGAACUAUUGUAAUUUAUGUUGAACUUUGUUGUGUUUUGUGUUGCUCCUGUGUGAUGAUUUUAAACAUUUGGUCUAUUUUAGAGUUAAAAGACAUUUAAGAAUGUUUAUUUGUUAAUGUUUCUUGUUUUACUUUCUUUUUUAGUUACUGGUUCUACUCAUGACAUUAAAUUAAAUUGCAGGAAUGAAUUGUUGCUUCAACGAGUCACGUGUGACUUAUUAUCUUGAACAAGAACCUCACCCAUCAUCCUCCAAAAGCUUGAACCACCUUUUCCAGAGUAUGUUCCAUUAUCUUCAAUUGGUUUCUUUAUGUGAGAAUUCUGUUGUGACUUUUCUAUCUAUUCAUGGGGGCUGUUUUCAAUUAGUAGUGGUAAAUAUAGCUAUAGUAAUUUGAUGUUAUUGCUCAUAUUUAUGAAUUUUACUACUAAUUGUUACCAUCACAGAUUUACCUUUUGCUAUACAACGAAAUGAAAUGCAUAUAAGGUUGAUUAAUUGACUAAAAAACACUACUAGCUUAAACCAUAAGCACAAUCAGUAUGGCUUUGAUCUUGAAGAACUUUUCUAUGAAUGAACUAUUAACUGUUGCAGCAGUAUUAUUAGCAAUCCUCCUUCUUUGUGCUUAUAGUUUGAACAAAGAUGAGUUCCCUUUCCGACUUUGUGUUUGGUGUAUCAACUUCAGCUUACCAAGUUUGUUCUUCUCUCUCUUUUUUCAAUUCCUAAUGUUAUGCUUUUGCAUUUUCUUUAUAUUCAUGUAUGAUUAUUCCCAAAUGAUAUAACACAUUGUAGUAGUAUUUUGACAUUAUGUUGCUCAUUAAGAUCAAACCAUAUAUAUUUUUAGAGUUAUAGCAUGUUCAUUUCAGACAAUUGAACCAAACAUAUAGAUUUUUUUCUCUCCAAAAAGUAGUUGUGGGAUUUUUCAUAAAAAAGCUGAUUUAGGUGCUUAGAAAUAAUAUGAUUAUAAUAAGUGUGUGGUCAAUGAAAAAGAAUGUUAAAUAAGUAAUCCUUAUUCUAAACAAACAUAUACUACUUUAUGCUUUAUGCAAAGAUGUUGCUAUUUUUAAUCUUAAACAAUCCAUUUGGUGAUUAUCCUUAUAUAAUGAAAAAGAAUGUUGGAUCAAGGCUUCCUUCCUUCACAGCAAAGGAAUCAAAUCUGAUCAAGAGCUCAAUUGACUUCUUAGGAAUAAACUUUUUACAGCUUAGUAUAUGUUAAGAACAAUCCUACAAGCCUGGACAUGGACGAUAGAGCCUGAACAAUCCUGCUAGUUCAGUUGAGUGUGUAUCUGUUUGUCUUGUGUUCGAGUACGUCAUCUUUUGAAGAAAGUAUUACUCAAAUUUAUGUUAAUUUACUUGAGUAUUGACUAGUGAACAAUUUAGUCAUGUUAUUUUGUGAUAUAUUGUGCCAGAACAUUGAGCACAUAUAUGAAUCUAGUUUGUAUAAUUUUGUUUUAGACAAUGAGUAUUUGUUUACUCUUGAA